CGUAGCGGCGCUGCUUGUUGUGCUGGGGAGCGUUGUGUGAACGGUCACCUGGGUGGUAAUGACGACUUCCGGGGGGCCGGAAUAUACACACGUGUGGUGCUGAGUGUCCGUCCAGUUCUCGUUUACAUAGGACUGGGAGAAACUUUAUGACGACACGCCUUUCUAAAAAAAAUGUCCGGCUAUUUGACUGCAGAUCAUCAUGUUAAAAAGAAGAAAAGGAAAACGGGAGAUCUAUCACUCUCAGAAAAUGGCUUUUAUUCUGAACACCCUGAGUUAGAGGGGUCUGGGGAAAAGGAUGAGAAGAAGAAGAAAAAGAAGAAGAAAAACAAACAUAGGAGUACAGAUGACGAGACAUUAAUGGACGUUGGCUCCUUGGAUCGGUCUUGCAGCCGCAGCAUAUCUGCCAAAUUUAAAGAGCAAGAGGAUACUUCAGAGCAGGAGUUGUCAAACCAGGACUAUAAGUCUCCUAAAAAGAGCAAGAAAAAGAAACAUGUGCCUGUGGAGACAGAGGAGACAGAUAAUACUGGCCAGACAAGCUUCUUGUAUGAUUAUUCCGAUGAAGCCCUCCAUAGUGACUCUUUUAGAAAGAAAAAAAAGCGGCAUAGACACCCAGAGACCAGAAGCCUGAAGGAAGAGGAUUUGGAGGACGUACAACAAACAUCCCCAGAAGUCACUGUAAAUUUAGAUAUUGAUGUGGAAAAUCCUGUAAGAAAAAAGAAAAAAAAACACAAAUAUAAUUCAUUUUUGGAAGAAGAAAAUUUGAGUCAUGGCAUCCAACAAACAGUUGAACUUGACAGUCCGUGUCAAGUCGUCUCUAAGAAAUCUAGGCAAAAGGGCAAUAAAGUAUCUGUGGAAGAUGCAGGUCAUACUGGCCAACCAAGCUUGUAUGAUGGACACUCUGAAGUGACUUUCUCUGAGGAAGUCCUCAAUAGUGACUCUGUAAGAAGAAAAAAAAAAAAAAGGCAUAGACCCUCAGAGACCAGAAGCCCGGAGGAAGAAUUUUUAGAGGACGUACGACAAACAUCCUCAGAUAUCACAGUAAAUUUAGAUAUCGAUGUAGAAAAUUCUGUAAGAAAAAAGAAAAAAAAAACGCAAAUAUACAUUUUUGGAGGAAGAAAAUGGCCAACCAAGCUUGUAUGAUGAUCCUGGUCAUUCGGAUGAAGUGGCGGUUUCUGAGGAAGUUCUCCAUAGUGAAUCUGUAAGAAAAAAGAAAAAGAGGCACAGACCCUCAGAGACCAGAAGCCUCGAGGAAGAGGUUUUAGAAACAUCCCCCAUAGUCACUUUAAGUGAAGACAAUAUGGAAAACUCUGUAAGAAAAAAGAAAAAAAGACACCAAUAUGACAUUUUGGGGGGAAAAAAUUUGAGAGAUGAACUAAGCAGUCCGUGUCAGGUUGCCUCUAAGAAAUCUAGGCAGAAGAACAAGGAAGUGUCUGUGGAAGAGACCGAUCAUACUGGCCAACCCAGCUUGUAUGAUGGUCAUACCGAUGAAGUGGCUGUCUCUGAAGAAGACCUUCAUAGUGAAUCUGCAAGGAAAAAGAAAAAGAGGCAUAGAGCUACUGGAGCAGAUAGUACAUUCGGUGACGAAAUGGAGUCCAGAACAGUUGGCUGCCUAAGCCCAAAUGUCAGAAACUCUGUGACAGAAGACAUGUCAUUUAGUGAAGCUACAGAUUUAGAAAGUUCUGAGCGAAAGAAGAAGAAAAAGCAUCGGACUAAGGAGGUUGAUUGUCAGACAGAAAGUAGUAUAUGUAAACCUUUCAAAAGAUAUACCAGUCCAGAACGAAAUGGGGAAGAUGUUGCGGUGGCUCAGCGAUCUCAAAAGCUGAAUGGCAAAUAUUUAGCUGUAACUGCAGAAGAGGCAUUUGAGAACAUCACAGAGGCAACAAAUGGCAAGGCAGACGCUGAAAAUGCAGGUACUAAAGCAAAGCCAAAGAAGUCUAUAAAGCUUGGGAUACCAGAAGGAAACCAGGAUCAAGAUAUGACUGCAGAGUUGGAGGAAUCGGACAGAAAUCAGAUGGAAACUUCUCUUGAAGCAGAAACCAGUAUUCAGAGGCCUAAACGACGGGUAUGUUCGGCCAAUGAUAUCCUCUGUACCAUACCUGCAAGAGACCUUGCUCUGCUGGAGGAGUAUUUCCCCAAGAUAAGAUCUAGGGCAGGGAGGACUGUCGAAGACUUAAUUUCCUAUGAACUGCACAGAGUCAAAGAAGCCAAAGAAAGAGGAAUUAAGUUUGAAACUGGAAGAUUUGACAGCACAGAAGAUGAACUGAUCAAAAAUAAUGUAGAAGCCUUCAUGAAAUUAACAGGGUUGGAGUCAGGCGAGCUGCUCUUUCACAGUUAUAGGUUUCCAGAGGAGAAGAGCAUGAUCGAAAAGUUAAAGAAAAAGUUCCACUUUCGGCAACGAAUCGCAAUAGGAUUAGCCCGCACUGUAAAAGAAGUUAUGAAUCGAGGAUCAAAGUUAUAUGAUUUGUCUGGCAAUAAGGGACGUUUUUCAAAAGACGAUGUAGAAAAACUGCAGAAAGGAAUAUCCGAAUAUGGGAAUAAUUGGACUGCUAUUGCACAAUUAGUUGGCCGAAACAAUACACACACUCAGUUAAAAGCCUCGCAGCUCAGGCAUGAGGUCACUGGAGGAAAGUGGAGUGUCGAAGAGGUAAACCUGCUUCUUAAGGCUGUGAAGACAUUUAUUCUGAGCUCACUGAAAAGGAAGAAGGGGAAGAACGUCUCCAGGAUGGAGCCUCAAACAGUCCCUAAGGAGAUGCUCUUCACCGGAAUUCCCUGGGCCAAGAUGGAGAAAAAGGUGAAGACCAGGAACUGGACGCACUGUAAAUCCAAGUGGAAUGAUAUUCUGCUUGUGCGCAUGAACAAUGGUAUUCGCUAUUGUGAGCGACUUUUCGGCUUGCAGUCCAACAUAGAAAUUAUCAAAUGGUUGCAUGAAGCAGAACUUCGAAAAGGACAAGUAAAUUGGCUGGAAAUGGCUAAAGCCAUUGGAAAUAUUCCUCCAGGCAUCUUGCAGCAAAAGGUUUACAAGCUGAAGGCCCGGCAUGUUCCUGACUGGCAGAAUCUGAGUUUUAAAGAAGUUGUAGAUCGUUUGUACGAUGAGGUUCUGCCGAAGCUGGAAGCCAAGGUGGUCCUAGCAUCUACUUCCCAGGAUACAUUCGAUCUGCCAGAGAAGAAGGAUGAAUUCCUAAUCCGUGAUAUAUUUGAGGAAUAUGUCGGCGAUGACCAAUUGCAUUUAAGCAAACAAUUCUGCAUUGAGGGCCAAGUCGUAUGAAUGCUUUAGGGAGAAGUGCAUCUGUAACAUGGCAGUUAAUAAAAUUCAUAAAUAUGGGGGAGCAAGAGAAGGAAGCUGUGUACAAUGACAAAUUACAUUUAUAUUUUUAAUGUGAAAACAUACUGUAUUUCUUCUAUGACAGACACCCCUUUAAGUAGAAAUGUGGCCAGGCUAAAGACCUUCACACAUGUGAUCCUGCACAGAGCGGCCCAUUUGUAGCAGUAAAACUGCUUAUAGGGCUGUUGGCGACUGGUUAAUGUGGGAGAUUCCCCUCACUUACUACUUUGGUGAUAACCUGUAGAGGAUAUAGGGGGGUGCAUUUCCAACAGGGCACACACCUGCAGUCUUCUUGUGCCAAUAUUUUUUUCUUAAAUAUAUAUAUAUGAAGUGACAUGUACAUAUGUAUAUACUCUUUCCACAGUUUGUACGUAUUGAAAAGUGGUUUGAUAAAACAUGUUAUUUUAUACAAUCUUGUUGUAAAGCUUUAAAUAAAGUCUAUAAUGUUCUUAUGGA